CUAGUGACGGUUUACUAGUAAUGACACGCUGGAUGAAUGAUGACAUAUUUAUCCAUGCAUGGACAAAUCGUAUUCAAAAUCGUGGUUGGAUAUGUGUAUUCAGUCGACUGUUGAAUCAAAGUUGGGUAUUCUUUAAAAUUGGAUAUGAAAAUGGAUGGGUGGAUUUGUUCAAGCAGAUUACUGUGGAGCCUAUAAUUAAUAAGCAAAAUGCAGAAAUGUUAAUCAUACUUCCAAGAGAUUAUUCAGAAAAAGGUUACAGAGGUAUAGCAAAAUUAAAAAUUCCAUUAUCAUCCUCAUCAUCAAAAUCUCUUCAAUUACCAACAUGGAUCAUUACACCGAAUUUCGAUGUGAAAGAAAUCUUAUAUUACGAUGGUAAAGAUGAAAUUAUUUUUAUUGGAACAGGACCUGAAUCUAGAAAUGCUCAUGUUUAUUGGAGUUCACAAUCCAUCGGCAAUAUGACUUGUCUUACUUGUGAAAAUGUCAAUAACACAUAUAAUUGGGCAGAAGUUAUUUCAAAUGGUAAAUAUUUAGUUCAAGAUGUUCGAGGUUCAGGUACUCCGAAAACUUUAUUGAAAAGAAUUAUCAAGAAUUUCACUGAAACGAAUAAUGUCACAGUAACUACAGAAAUCAUCAAAUAUUUCGUGAACAAUAGCGCUUUCGAAUCCUUCGUCAAUUCGCAUGCUUUACCACGUGUGGAAUACACAAAGCUGACAUUACGCAAUGGUACUAGGAAUCAAAUUGAUGUUCAAGCGAAGUUGUAUUUACCACCGGAACUUGACCCAGCACAUAUUACUCAAUAUCCACUUUUGUUAUAUACUUAUGGUGGACCAACAUUACAAGUUGUAACGUCAGUUUUAACAAUAGACUGGUUAACAUAUAUAUCAGCAACGGCAAAAGUUAUUGUCGCUCAAGUUGAUGGUCGUGGUACAGCUGGUCGAGGAAGAGUAUUUGAACAAUCAAUUUAUAAAAAGUUGGGUGUAAUCGAAAUUGAAGAUCAAUUGGACAGUGUCAGAGCUCUAAUUCGACGUUAUCAUUUUAUAAAUGAAAGUCAAGUUGGUGCUUAUGGAUGGUCUUACGGUGGAUUCACAGUUAGUCAUUUACUAACCAGACCUGAAAAUCAAUGGAUUCGAUGUGGUAUAUCCGUUGCUCCAGUCAGUGAUUUCAGAUAUUACUCUACUGCAUAUUCUGAACGAUAUUUAGGACGAUUUAUUGAUGAUCCAGAUGCAUAUAGUCGCACAGUCAUUAGAAAUCCUAAAAACAUGGCCUCUAAAGGAUUUUUAUUGGUUCAUGGGACAGCUGAUGACAAUGUUCAUUUGAUCAAUUCUGCUAAAUUGAUCAAAGAAUUGAUUGCUGCCGGUGUAGAUAUUGAUUUAAUGAUCUAUCCAGAUGAUGAUCAUUUCCUAUUGAAAGACAAUGUUCAUUUGAUCAAUUCUGCUAAAUUGAUCAAAGAAUUGAUUGCUGCCGGUGUAGAUAUUGAUUUAAUGAUCUAUCCAGAUGAUGAUCAUUUCCUAUUGAAAGGUAGAAAUCUUGAAAGUUUAUAUCGUAAAAUGACCAUAUUUCUACUUGAUUGUUAUAAUAAAACUUCGGUUAAAUAUGCCAUGGAUUUAUCAGUGAAAGAUGUUUGGCAAUAAAGCGGUUGUGUGUAAGUAAAUUUUUCAACAAUUUCAAACACAAAUGAAUGAACACAAUAUGAAACAUCUUAUACAACAAUCGCACACACACACUGUCGAACUAAUUAACACUUUUACAAAUCUAACUAACAUUUCUCUCUUAUUAUUAGUGUAAUUUGUUGUGAGUAGAUUGUGUGUUUUAAAAAAAGAGAUCAUUUGUAACAAACAUUAUAGAACACAUAUUUUGAAUAACUCUGAUCAAAUUAUUUGUUUGUUUGUAUUUUUUCGUUGUGUGGCUUGGUUUAUGAAAGAUACACAUGAGGCAGAAAGUCAAAUGUAGUAGUAGUAGUAGUAGUAGUUAGUGUCAAAACUAUUAUUAUUAUAAAAUAAUAACAGUAAUUCUCUCUCACUUCAGUUGUCUCUGUGUACUUACUUGUCAUUUGUUGUUUCAUUUUGUUCGGGUUUGUAUUCAUAGUGUUCUCAUCUUUAGUAGACGGACACUACUGUCUAAUCACGUGAUAUGUACCAUCUUUAUGAAUAUAUAUAUAUAUAUACAAACAUUUAUAUAAAUUAACUGAUAUAUUUUUAACAAUUUUUGGAUCAAUACAAAUGAAUUUUACAUAUAUAUAUUUUGCAUAUAUUUUCUUAUUAUUGUCUUUGGUUGUACUACUUUCGAUUAAUAUUAUUACUAUUAUUAUUAUUAUUAUUAUUA